CCUCCCACCGACUGCGCCGCAGCCUCAUUGGCGACCGCUCGACGGCCAAACGCGUGUGGGGGUAUUGAAUGAACAGCUGGAUAUGAGCUAGGAUGACGCGCCCAGAGAUAAUCAGAGCAGACACGCACGACCUCCAAAACAAAUCAUCGCCCACCGCCCAAGACCACUCCCUCCAACCCGAGCGGCCCGCGCCACUGGGAAUCGGCCCCGCCGCACCCCACCAACAGGCCGCUAUCCGAAACGUAGAGGAGGAGCGGUCUACGGAAGAGGCACGCCUGCAGAAUGCCUGGAGCGAUGCGGGAACUGCGCUGCGAGAAGACCCGGGCUCAGACGAUGACCGCACCGUGGUCAACCACGCCAAUGGCCACAAGGGCACACAGCAGGAUGAGCAGGCCAUCAAGCUGAACGGUGGCGUAUCUGGCGACGGCGAUGGCGACGACGCAGACCUGCAGGACGCCGAUGAGGACGACGAGUCCGAGGACGACAUGAUGGACAAGAUCUCGAGCUCGCCCUCGAUAGACGAUGAGGACAUCGACUUCGAAUUCGUUUACGCACUACACACCUUCGUCGCGACCGUGGAAGGUCAAGCCAAUGCAACAAAAGGCGAUACAAUGGUGCUACUUGAUGACAGUAACAGCUACUGGUGGCUUGUACGGGUUGUCAAAGACAGUAGUAUCGGCUAUCUACCCGCUGAACACAUUGAAACCCCCACAGAACGAUUGGCGCGACUUAACAAGCACAGAAACAUUGACUUAUCGGCAACGAUGCUCGGGGACACCGCGGAAAAGUCGAAGAACCCACUCAAGAAGGCGAUGCGCCGAAGGAACGCCAAGACCGUGCAAUUCGCACCUCCGACCUAUGUCGAAGCCUCGGAUUAUGACUACUCAUCUGACGAAGGCGAUGACGAAUUGUUUGGCGGCCCGGAGCCGGCACAAGUGCAACAGCAACAACAACAAGAUCAGCAACAGCAGAGCGCAGAGGCCGAAACCGAGCAAGAGGAGGGCUUGAAAGUGCAGCCGCUAAAGGUCAACGGCGCCAAGAAGGACGCCAACGGCCAGCCUGAAACCGAUGCAAGGAGCUCAAGUGAAGACCCUACGAAGAGGGAUGAAGACCCACAGAGAGGAAGCGAGGACAUGUCUGAUCAACCAUUGGAUCCUAAAAUCUCACGGAAUGGCACACUACGCAAUACCGACUCGUUCUUCAAGGACGAGAACACCGAAACUCGGAAGAUUUCCCUCACGCCUAAUCUGCUUCGCGACGAUUCGAGUACAUCUACAACUGGCUCCCGUGAGCGCGGCCCUAGUCUUGAGAGUUUGGAGAAGAACGGCUUUGCAGACAAGGUCAAGGACAAGAAGGACAAGAAAGAGAAGAAGCCCGGCAUGCUCAGCGGCCUGUUCAAGCGAAAGGACAAGAAAGCGAGGCUUGAUUCCAUUGACAGUGACAUUGAGAAGCCAGAGGAAGUAGACCGCAGUUCGCCCCAAUCCAAGCCCUCAGAAGAGUCAACGGAGCGCCCGUCAGCUGAGCAGACUGUCGCGACAGCAGCGCCGCAGCGACAACCAAGCAAGGGAAAACUACAGAAGGCCCAACGCACGCGUGAUGAUUCUCCACAGAAGACGAAAGGUAUACUCAAGACCGAUAGUCCAACAGAAACCAUGAUGCAGCCAGAGACCACGCCAGAUGCGCCGAGCACCAAACCAGCUGUACAGGAAACGGCAUCGACCAUGCGUUUGGUAGCCCCGGAACAAGAAGGCGAGGGAACACAGUCCGUGGAAGAACGAACUGUGGCUCCUGUCAACCGCUCAGCCUCGACCUCUAGGAACCCUUUCAAGUCGAAGCCUCAACAAAACGGCGAGGCGAAGCUUGAAAAGGUCAAACAAGCGAAGCAGCGCGUCCAGCUGGAUGAUUUCGACACCGACUCCGAUGAAAGCAAUGAUCCCUUCGCCGAUCCCGACGCUCAAACGAGGUCUGCUCAGCCUGAGCCCUCCCAGAAUACGGGUCGUCUUUCUGAAUCGCCAGUACAUGUUUCUGCUGCGGACGCACAACCGUCAAGCAAAUCCAUGGCCCAGGAACGGGAAAAGGAGCCCGACCCUCGUCAACCUCCAGGUCUCACGACGGACAAUUCGAGCCAAGAAACAAGUUCGCCCAUCUCAACACCAACCCCCGACGAUAGCCCCAUGAAGACCAUCCCUGAAAACAGGACGGUCUCUACCUUGCGCUCUGGGAAGACUCCUUCACCAACGAACCUGGCACCAAACUCAAAUCCGAUACCGGCGCCCUCGCGACCCGCUCCCGUACCAGGCAAGGAACACGAACCCUCACCGCCCAUCUCUUCCGACAGUACCAUGCUUCCCGCAUGGUCAGACGCUAGCCUUCGAGCAUAUCUCGACGAUGGCAGUGACAUCAGAGACACCCUCUUACUAGUAAACGACACAACAGGCGUUGUGCCUGUUGGAAGGGAUCACCCGCUGAUGAGAAACCUCUUCGUCGAGGAGACCAAGGCGGUGCAGGGCCUUAGCGGCCAACUCGAUAGGUUGUUGAAUGGCCUGAUGGAGAAGAGGAUGAAGCGAGCUGGUAGUGCAUCUAGCAAGAUGAGCACUGCAAGUGGCAAGAGCGCGAAUGCGAGUUUGCAUUCGUCGGGACGAUAGUGACACCAGUCUGGUUUGGGAGGAAGUGGACCACUGACAAAGUUUUUGAUGUACGAAAUCCUUUUCGCGCCAUGUUUGUAUACCCUAGGGGAUUUUCUACCGCUGGCGUUUUCCCCUUUCUUUCUUCUUUCCUUGGCGAUGGGAGGCAUGGUUUUAUUACGUGGCAAAUGAUACUGGGACAUACACAACUUUUUCCGAUUUUUUUGUUGAGCCGCGCGCGGCAAGAGCCUGGGUUUCCUGCCUUACUCUUUCAGUUUUGGUUUUUUGUCUAGUUUUUUUUAUCUCUCGCUCACUGCGUGUGUGUCAG